AUGAGCAACCCCAAGGACUCGAUGAAGUCCACGUGGCGUAACGAUCAAGAACAAUGGGGAAUCCCACACAAAAUCCUCAACUCAGCCAACGUCUUCCACGUCGACCUAGAUCGUGAAGUCCCCGUGCACCCCAAAACAGACAAACUGCCCUACCUCCCGGACUGGCAAUCGCACCGUUGGAUCAUUGUGCACGCCUCGAUCCCUCUCAUCGCCCACCAAGCCUGGAUCCACUUCACUGGCUACAAUUUCCACCCGGUCAUCGCCUUCAUCUUCUACUACCAGGCCUCGCGCUUCUUCGCCUUCCGACAGCUGCGCGCAAUGCGCGAACUAGGCCACAGACAUGGCUUCCUAGACGGCGACAAGCACGAACGUGACGGAGUCCCAGAUGUCGGAGUAGGCAAAACGCUCCUCUCCGUCUUCCUAGCCGGGUUCGUCCGCCCACUCUUCACAACGUACCUCACCUACAGCAAAGAAGAAGGCCCGUUCUCAAUAAACUGGGGCGUCCUCUUCUUCGAAAUUUCCCUCUACAGCAUCGCCGUAGACUUCUGGUUCUACUGGUACCACCGCUUCAUGCACGACGUCAACGGCCUCUGGAAAUACCACCGAACGCACCACCUAACCAAACAUCCAAACCCGCUCCUAACAAUCUACGCGGACUCGGAGCAAGAAUUCUUCGACAUCGCAGGUAUCCCACUAAUGGCCUACGGGACGAUGAAACUGCUCGGAUUCCCAAUGGGAUUUUACGAGUGGCACAUCUGCCAGUUGUACGUGCUUUUUGCAGAGGUCGCGGGACACAGUGGGUUGCGACUUCAUGCGACGGUGCCGAAUCCGAUGGCGUGGUUGAUGCGCAAGUUCGAUAUGGAGCUUGUGAUUGAGGAUCAUGAUUUGCAUCAUCGGAAGGGGUGGAGGAAGAGUCAUAAUUAUGGCAAGCAGACUCGGAUUUGGGAUCGGGUUUUUGGGACUUGUGGGGAUCGCAUUGAGAGUGUUGAUGCUAACGUGGAUUAUGAGAACCGGGCGACGAUGCCUAUCUUUUAA